AUGGAGAAGCUCCCCGUAGAGAUUCUCUGCGAGAUUAUUGACUGUACGCCCUAUCUCACCCCACAUGAGCGGGUACAGCUUCAAUCGGUAUCGCGGCGACUCUUCUCGGUGGCCCGCGACAACAACCUCUGGCGACUCCACUGCUUCGAGGGAUCAUGGAGCGCUUCCGGAGCCUUGCGUCCCUCCACCAACGGCUCCUCGCAGAGCCUCGUCGCCAACCCGACCGCCUCGCUCAGCGCCCUCGGCCACACCUCUCUCCGAUCUCUGAUCCAGCCCCGCGCGUCCCGUAACGACCCCCAGGAUAAAUCCCCGUCCUAUGGCCUGCGAUCCCGAGCGGCGGCGGGGUGGGAUCCGUCUUAUGAGGGGGAAGAGGUGAACUGGUACUCGGAAUACAUUGCCCGGAAUGGACCGAUCUCGCUCAGCUGGAUGCAGCAGCCUUUCACCAAGGUCUCCCAGGGCCAACGGCGGGACUACCGGGAGGUGAAAGGUAUGGGGUUGCUCCGCGACUGGAGUUCGGCCAGAGAGAAUAAAGUGAUCGCGCCCCUUGAUGAUGGGAGCGUUUGCAUCUGGGAUCUCAACCACUCGCACUCGAUCGGUUCCCGCAACACCAAGGGCAAAGUUCUUGGGGUGAGCUCGCCAGGGAUCUUGAUGGCGAACCUGUCCGGGCGACGGGACAACUCCGGGACGAAGCAGGCCCUGGAAUUCGUCAACCUGGGCGAAUGCGUGAGCGUAGACUCCAUCCGUCGCAGAGCCUAUCUGGCUGUUGGGAACAUCCUAAACGAGGUCGAUCUCGAGACUCUCAGCGUCAUCUCUCAACAGCGAUACCCAUGGUCUGUGUUUGCCUUGUCCCAGGAGACUGAUUACUCGGUACCGUUGACGCUGGCGACCACACUAAGUCUGCAUAUAUACGAUGGUAGAAUGUCGGCGAUGGAAGAGGAAGCGGCCAUCAACCUACGCUGUGAGGAGCCAACUGUGUCUUUGGUCCCCCAAUCCCAGAUCUAUGCCCCUCCGGACUCGCCCCUUCUGCAACUCCAACCGGACGGUCGACCCCCCCAUCGAAUCCGAAGCCCAGACCCGUCAAACAACAGUGACAACUACGCCCCGUUGUUCCAACCAGGCCCUCUUUCGCUGCUUCAUGCUCCUGCACCGCAUGUGAACUCGAUUUUCCUCGCCGGCCGCUUCCCCAGCAUCUUACAAUACGAUCGCCGCUUCUUCCCACGCUUACAAAACACCAUCCACUCGGGCGGUCAGCUCUGCGGUCUUGCUGCUGUUCCCGCGCCCCGGUUUCCUGUCUUCCCCAGUUCCGAGUUCCCAACCUCCCAUAAGCUGGUCGCUUGUGGGGACUAUAAGGGUCGUGGAUCCCUGGAGCUCUACGACCUGUCACCUUCAGGCAACAAUUACAAGGCCGAUCCAUCGGGUUGCUCGUCCUCGCUGUCGAUGGCGUACCAGAACCGGCAGAGUGUCGCCCGGUCGAAGGUGCUCUCGGUUGAAUCCCACGGGACUCGAAUCGUUUUCUCCGACGCAGAUGGCAACAUCAAGUGGGUGGAGCGCGAUGGGCGGUCGGAAGUCCGCCGCCUGAACAUCAACGCCUACCAACCGCAACGGCGAUGGAACCAGCAGCCCGGGGGCGCCUCCAUUCGCUCUGGGGGUGGUGGGGUUGAGGGGGAGGAAGAGCAUGCGCCUGGUCUCUGGGGUAGUCUAUCACGGUCCCGCAAUGACGGCGAGGUGGCGCGAAAAAUUCUCCCUACUGGCGCAAGUUUGACGGGCGAUGAGCUGCUCGUGUGGACCGGUGAGCACAUUGGACGGGUUCGAUUUUCGAACACCCCUGAAGCGGAACUCGACCAAGACGACGAGGAUGAAGACAUGGUCAUUGACAAAAAUAUCGGCGAGGCUGAGGUCGAAAAGAGGCAAAAUGACCGACGCGAGCUGCGACGGCGUGAACAUGAAUAUGCGACGAUGAUGCGGCGGGCCCUGGUGAGACAGGCCGAUGAGGUGCGGCGGAUGGGUGGUCUUGGGCUGUGA